AUGAUCGAUUCCCCUCAAAUCUCAUCUGCCGGGCAAUCACAGUCGUCAGGAUGGCAUCAGCCCAAUAUUCCUAUAGAUCUUCCAAACAUCAACCGAAUAGUUCCAUUCCCAGGUAUCAUCGUGGAGGAUAUCCCGAUAUCCAGCUCGACAAGCCUCUCGUGCAUUGAUGCCACUUCUGAUCCCGAUUGUCCGAUGACGAAAAGCAAAUUGGACAUGUGGUCAACCUACGCCAGAGAGGUGUUCUCUCAAGACCACAAUCCGUUGGAGAAGGGACUUCCAUGUGCAGCAUGGUUCAAAUCAGGAUACAGCGAACGCAAAAAAGGACAUUUGACUUUUCAAUUACCCAAACCCAUACCCAGGACUGAAGAGAUGCUAGAUACGCAAGUCUGCUCUGUUAGUACUGCUCCUCCCCAAUUGCCACCAAGUAUCAUACCAUCGUUCGCACCUGUGUCCACGCCAAGCCAGGGCUUCAAUCACCGCCCCACGCAUACUCGAGUGACCGGAGAUAGAGUGAUCGACACAAAUGGGAUGUUAAUGUGGCUGAGCAAUUAUCACGAAUCCGUAGUGAAUCAAAUGUCGAAAGAAUACACCAAUAUACUAAUACGAAAGACCGUAGGAACCGGUAAUGAUGAGAAACUUCAGAAGCUUUUAUCACUAGUUGCUGCUCGUAUUUGUGAGACGUAUAAGACUGAUCUGGAUAUGUUGACCAUAAGGCAUCUGGACGAAGAUCCGAAGAUGAUCUUAGAUCAGUUGAUAGAAGGGACUAGAGCUUUGUUGGAGGAGGCUUCGAAUGACAGUCGGUGGUUGAUCGCCAAGGUCAAGGGUAAGAGAAUCCGUCAGUGGAACGUCGAGAGCUCCAAAUUUAAGGGAGGGAAUAGUUCGAGGACGGGUAAAAGUAGGAAAAGGAAAAUAAUUGAGACGCAAUUUUGA